AUGAAUCAGUCGCGCGCCAUUGUGGUGGCAACCGUCCGGUUGUCCGCUCAUGCACUGCAACGAAUUGAAAUAUACAUGUUGCCCCAAAACGAUGCAUGCCUCCUCCUGAAAUCCCGUGCUUGGCAUCAUUGGUUAUCUGGGCUUUUUAUGGACUGCACAUGUACAUCCGUUACAUGGCAGGAGGAGGUCCCCUCUUACCUCCUACGAGUUACAAUGAAUGAGACGAAAUUCCCUCAGGACUAUCAUGCGUUAGAAUUUUUUGAGGCGGAAUGGCAUAUUAACCGAUUGCUUAACGAAGAAGCAGGAGAUUGCUAUUCCACCGUCACCUUGAUAAACCAACCCAACAAUAGUUCUAGUAAGAUACCUUUGAGAAUGCAAACAUCCUGUCACCAGAGAAAUAUGGCUGUAUAA